GUUACUGCGGCUUGCCGAUGAAAGGUUGAUUGUUUCUUAUUUUUCAUCCUCGCCCGUUACGGCUCCAGCGCGAUCAAUAUGAACGUUUAGCGCGUGUAGGAAUUUCAACGUCUGUCCUCCGAACAAAUUUAACGCGGACAUGAGCCAGCCAGUGGAAUCGGCGAACCGAAAUGGGACCAGUCAUAGGAGAAGUGUGCCAGCAGACGGGAAGCAGCACAGAAGUGACAUGGCGCAGCAGGCACGCGUGCGGCAGCGGAAGGAACCUCCAGCCCUGAAGAAUGCAGCAGCGUCUGUCUUUGCGGAGCCCAAACUUCCCAAUUUCUCGGGUAUCACCAUAAGGAGCAAGAGGGAGUUUCCAGAGAAGCUCGAUGACCUCAAGCACGAGUUGCUCUGCGAUGUUAGCAAGGGUGACAGGCAGAAGAAAGUCGCACCAAGCUCGGUGUCACGGCCUGCUUCGUUGACAUCGCUGACGUCUUUUGCUCCGUCUGCAGGAAUGAACCGCCAGACAAAGUCGGUUGCUGUGGAACCAGUUACCUUUGGUCUCUUUGUGGACGACUCGAAGGUUUCCUGGGACUUCGUUCCUUAUCCUCGGUCAUCAAGGGACCCGAAGACUGAACCCAUCGGCGCUCUACCUCUGUCAACGCAAGAGUACAAGCUACUCGAAGACCUGAUCUAUGUCAUGCUGGGCGUCGAUGCAAUCUACAUCCGGUCUCAACCGCUGCAGAACCCUCACGCAGAGCGAACAUUUACGAUCGACGAAUCAGCAGACCCUUCACUGAAAGAGAUGGUGAAGAAGAUUCUUCCUCUUUGUAGCCACUACUCUACAGUUGUCCGGUUCAUAGAAGAAAAGCAGGUGCACGGCCAGGGCAUGGUGAACCAGGCACUGGCCGCAGCCAUGCGGGAGCUGCUGGACGACUACCUGGUCCUGGUCACCCAGCUGGAGCACAAGCUGGUCAACCAGGGGGCGUUGACCCUGCCCAAGGCCUGGUUCUACGUCCAGCCUUCCCUGGCCUACAUGGACGUGCUGGCCACAUGUGCGCAGGCCGUCUGGGCGAGGCAGUGUUAUGGAGGCAAGACCCUGGGUACGUUGCACAAGCAAGCCACAUCAUUGACUGGUGACACCAAAGCAAGAGAGAUCUGCUUGUUCCUUGCAAAAGCGGCAUCUGUACCAUAUUUCAACAUGCUGGAAAGUUGGGUCUACAGAGGGUGCAUAAAUGACCCAUUCAAGGAGUUCCUGGUGGGAGACAAGAGCCAGGUGAAAAAAGAGGACAUGUCCGUCGACAACAUGGACAACUACUGGAACAGCCGGUAUGCUUUGCGCUCCGAGAUGAUUCCGGGCUUCCUACGGUCGCUAAAGGACCGCAUCCUCAUAACGGGCAAAUACCAGAACGUCAUCCUCCAGUGUGGCCAGAGGCCGGCAUCAUGCUCGGGUGACGGCCGACUGUGCUACUCACUCAACGAACGCGAGUACACUGAGAAGAUUGACACCGUGUACCACAAGGCAAGCCGCAUGCUCCUCAACCUGCUCAUGGACAAAGUGGACCUCAUGGGACGCCUCAGGUCAGUGAAGCACUUCUUCCUGAUGGACCAGGGUGACUUCGUGGUCCAGUUCAUGGACAUGGCGGAGGAGGAGCUCAGCCAGAACAUCGAUGACAUUGUGCCCACCCGCCUGGAGCUGCUACUGCAGCUGGCGGUCUCCACGAGCUCGGUUGGCAACGACCGGUACAAGGACUGUGUCAAGCACCAGAUCUUGGAGUGCAACCUCGCCUCCCAGAUGGAGAAGCUGAUGGGUGAUGAACCUGACAAAAAUGCCCAGACACGUGUGGUUAUUGGCCAUGAGGCAUUCACGCUCAACUAUGACGUCGAGUGGCCCCUCAACCUUGUCCUCACUAGCACCAGCCUGGGUUGCUACCAGAUGGUCUUCAGGUAUCUCUUCUACCUCACACACGUCGAGCGCAUGCUCUCCAAGGUUUGGAUUCGAGACAAGGCCGCCAAGCAGCGGUCGGCGGCAUACCCUGUCGUCGCAUUCGGGCUGCGCCAGCGAAUGAUGCACUUUGUCAAGAACCUGCAGUACUUUGUCACCGUCGAAGUCAUCGAACCCAGCUGGCAUGUGUUCCAGGACCGUAUGCAGAAGGUCCAGACGAUAGAUGAAGUGCUUGAGCAGCACAUGGACCUGACAGAGUCAUUUGUCAGCAUGUGCAUGCUGACCAACAAGGAGGUCUUCAAGCUCAUCCAUGACACUCUGCAGCAGUGCCUUCAGUUCGCCUCCUUCAUACUGAGCGACACUAAAGCGGAUAACUUUGAGGAGCAGGUGAACCAGUUCCAGCACAGCUUCCACAUCCAUCUGAGUUCACUACGCAAGAAGCUGUUGGAAGAUGGUGCAUCAUCACACUCCACCCACGAGAUAAACCUUGCCGAAAUGCUUCAUAGGAUCGAUUUCAACCGAUUCUACUCGAGUACUCCUGAGUAACUGAAAAGCACCUAGAGGAACCUGGGCAAUCCCACAAGCAACUUGUCCAGCUGGCUGCAGUGCGACCAAAGGAGUGGCUUCCACACUUUCAGUGCGAGCUUUCUGUACAAGUGUGUAUGCCAUGCCAACUUUCUGUUGUGCGAUAACUGCUACUUACUGCCGUUAGCUUGUAACCUCAAAUUGGCAAGUUGCCAAUUCUGUGUUUGUCACUUUUUGUGGCUUGCAAGCUGAGAAUGCUGUCUGUGCACGGCAUGUUGUCGUAGCUGUGGGAGUGCAAACUCUUGAUUGUGAGCUGCAACGGUUGAAGUGCUUGUUGAAAUGAUUGCAGCGUCUUGCUCAUCGAAAGUGGUGUUGAAAAGGAGUCGGGACAAUGUGAACCCUGUGGGUUGUGGUAAUGGAGCCAAACGGCAUGCUGAGUGGCCGAGGUUAACUAGCGAUUGUGUCACUGGGGGUGCAUUGUACAGUGAAACCUCAUUAAACCUCAGUUGGCUAGAGCUCGGAAAAAGUAUGUACUAAACGGUAGUACUGCUUAACCGAAAUAGCAUAAGAUCGCCCACUUACCUGUCGAAAACGGAACUCGGAGAGAGUGCGAUGAAAGGGAAAAAAAAACAUGCAGUAUGUAGUCACUUCACAUGACAAAAGUGUUAUUUUCGUUUGAUGCCGUGGCGGCCUCAAACUUACUGAAGCUGAGGUUUUCUAGCGCACGAAAAGGGACGAAAGACAGUGGCAAGACGUGGACACAGUGCUAACUUCCAACAAUUGUUUUAUUCCACGAAGCGGUACACAUAUAUAUAGGUAACACACACAACCGUACGCAUGCGCAUAUGUACUGAUUUCUAGUCAAAUGAGACAGCAACGAGACGUGUAAUGGAAAGUUAAGAUGAUAUCAAAGAUGAAAGAAGGACCAUGCAUAGCCAAAAAAAUUUUUUUGUGAUUGCAAGAUUAAAAUGUAAUCUCCAGGCCACCCUCUAUGUCACGUUUAAAAAAUCGAAUUCUUGCUAGAUCGCUAGAUUAGGAAGUGCUUGUGUUAGCGUGCCUUCAAUAGACCUUUCAAGUAAAGAAUUCGAUUUCUUAAACGUGACACAAAGGGUGGCCUGAUGCAGAUAACAUUUUAAUCUUGCAAUCAGAAAAAAAUUUUUUUGGCUAUGCAUGGUCGUUCUUUCAUCUUUGAUAUCAUCUUAACUUUCCAUUACACAUGUCUCGUUGCUGUCUCGUUUGACUAGAAAUCAGUACAUAUGCACAUGCGUACGGUUGUGUGUGUUACCUAUAUGUAUGUGUACCGCUUUGUGGAACAAAACAAUUGUAGGAAGUUAGCGCUGUGUCCGCAUCUUGCCACUGUCUUUCGUCCCUUUUCGUGUGCUAAAAAACCUGUUAUGGAAUAGCAAUACGCCCUAACUGACGCUCGUUCAAGUUACUGAAGCUGCAUGCUGGCUUUUCAGCCAGCCCCUUCUCGGCAAACACUCGCAUGGCAGAUUCCUUGUUGGCGUUACGUAUUCUCCGUGCACGCGCGCAGUAGUGCUGCAGAAGUCCCGAGGUGCUUUUUUCAUUGCCGGGUGCCGAAGUGCGGAAUACUUUCCAUUUGGAAUAGUUAUGUUAUCGUGCCCGUGUUCUUGUCGCAACGAUUGCAUUCAUGAGGCUGAUGUAACGCGUAGCAUCUGCCCCUGUCGAGCCUGAAUCACCCGUGCUGUCGCUUUCCGUGUUGUCCUCAUUACUGUCGCUAGUCAAAACUUCGGCAACAACAGAGGCAAUGAUGGUGAAAAGUCGAACCUCGUAGACGACAUCUCUUCGCGGUCACAGCAACGCUGCUGAGCAAAUUCUUCGCAUUCCAAAUGCCACACACCAUAGUCAACAGCAGAUCCCUGUCCCGUGCCAGCGUCGGCUUCUUCGUGUCACGUUCGAUAGCACAGAUGAUGUCUAAAUUUUCUAUGCUGAGCACCUGGCGUCUUGUUUAUCCGAGCUUUGCCAUGACGCGAGUCCUCACUAGCACGACACCACAACGCUCUCUGGCAUGGCGUCGAAAUGAUGUUGAUGUUGUUGUGGCUUCACAUGCGAACGCACAGAGCGCUUGGAGGCCAUUGUUCGGAUCUCUGAGGCUUGUUCUGCCGGGCCGCCCGAUAGAGACGACGCGCUGCCGUGUUUGCGCAACGAAAAGUGGAAACACUGUGUUUUAACCGAUGCGUAUGCAAUAAGCUGGUAUGGUUUAUGCGGAUACAAAACACAUUAUGUUCAAUGGCCGCUGAGUCGAGGGUUUGACUUUACUACUUUUAAAACGAAACUACUCUUUAAGCGGGUACGGUUUAAUGAGGUUUUAUUGUAUAUUACACUUCUCUGGCGAUGUGCGUUUUUGUUUGCCAAGGUGUUAGUACAAUGUAGUUUGUUGUUCUCCUAAGCCAGUGACCUCUUGUCAGGAUUUUGUUUGUUGAUAGUGUAUGCUGGUAAUACAAAAAAUGUUGGCCGCGUGCCAGCUGGCAUCCAGCGUGACAUGGAGUGAUCGUGACAUGGAGUGAAUGCUGGUGCACCCAUAUUUACCAUUGCGGAAAUAAGUAUGCCUUUUGUGUUGCAUUUCAUAUCCUGCUGUGCAUGCGUCUUCACAGCAGUGUUAGUCAGGAGGUUUGAUUUUUGUUUUCUGUAUUUCUGCAUUAAGCUUAACUGGUGUCGUCGUAUUAUGAACAUUGAAGUGCCAUUUUAAGGAAGCAGCAGCAGCUGUGUUAUGUAAACUUGUUGACUGAUUGAAUCUCAAUUUUGAGGCAUAUAAUGUCUUGCUCUUGAUUUGUUCAUUCCAAUGAAUUCAUUUAAAGGGAAUGAGUCAUAUUAGAAAACUGAUUUUGGAUGUUCCUUGUGUUCCUGCGUUGCUUUAGAAUUGAGUAAUUUGCCUUUUUCUUGUUUUUAUUUGCUCAUGCUUAAUAGUAAUGUGGUCUUAACUAGGUUUUAAAAUCAAUCCUCUUGCACUUAUAGACUUGUGCUUCCUUCUGAACUUGCUACAUUGUUAUCCUAAUUGCACAGUCCACGCCAGCAGUCACUUGCACCAAAGAAAGUAACAAGUUGUUUCAUCAGUUUCUUUUUAAAUUUUUUUGUGUUAUUAACCGCUGGUGGACUCUUCUUGUUCAUUGUGCUCAUGUCGUAUUCCAUCUGUAGCUCUCACCUACCUUUUCAUUUUCUUGUUCUGCACAGGUGAUAUAGAAAAAACUGUCUGAGGCAGAAAGCACAACUACGUCUCUUCAGAGGGACUGCUUGAAAGAGGUGGACAUUUCUUCUAGAACAAAUCGCAAUGUCCACUUAGCUAAUUGCGAGACCCGAGAGAAUUUCCUGGCAGCUGCAGUAGAAAUAUUACAGUGGGGUCGCAGUGGAUGAAUGCUUGUCUACCAUGUCUUGGGUGCACAUGAAAAAACCCCAGGUGCUCGAAUUAAUCUUGGGGUUUCCACCACAGUGUGUCUCAUCACUCACGUUUUGCUAUGGGUGCAAUGGAACCCAGCAAUCAAUCAUUCAAAGAAGCCAGGUGAUGGCAAUUGUGUGAAUUUAUUAGUAAUUCCAAGGAUAGCAUCGCUUUCGGGAUAUUCAAUCUUCAAUAUAUACUACAAAAUCAUUGGCAAUCUACUUAGCCAUGUCCCGCAGUGCGUGACGGAGGCUUAAAAUGUCAAGUGCGAUGACAGCCUACCUUGUAGCUCGUUUUGGGGACUCCGGCGGCUAUUUGAAAGUUAGAAGUGAAAAACUGUUGAGUAAGUAAGUGAACAUUGCAAUUUUUGAUCAAGUAAUGCCUGCAACUUUAGGUAAUAUUGUUUGGUACCAUCCGGCAAUACCUGGCUUGACCACUUACAAUGAACACGCAGUCCUGUUGCACAUUGGUUCACGUCACUGCAGUGAGCAUAUGCAAAGCAUGACAAAAUACUGUGGUUGACAAAAAAAAGGUGCGUUUCCUUGUGUGUUCAGGCUGCACAUUCCUUGUGAUUUCUACAACUCGAACAGGUGACAUCAUGCCAUCUUCCAUGGGCCGUAUUUGAAGAAAUUUGUUUGGAAUAGAAAAGAAUCGGUAGUAUGUUGUCGGAAAAACAUCACUCUGUUAUCUGCACGAAAUCAAACAGUAUUACUGUUUGUUGCCUUUUCCCCUGUUUAAGCAUGUUGUCUUUCUUGCAUCUCAAUGUGUGCCAUCUCGACCAAUUAUCUUCAGGUCGGCUGCUCUGGUAGGGGCAGGCAGUCUGUUCUCUAGUGAUACAUAUUAGUGGGCAUUUGAUGCGUACGCCAUGCAUUUGAUCUCGUCGUCCCUUGGGCAGAGUCGGAACCGUUUCAAGGAACUUGCACUGUGUGGUAUUCGAAGUGGGCAUUGUUGAAUGUACAGCUCAUUGCGAUCCCUUUGUUAUAAUAAAAAUACUACAAG